AUGGUGAAGUACGGCAUUGAAAUAUUUGCCAGAGUAAAGCCGGGAAAAGGACGUCUCGGGGUGAGAAAUUUAACAUGUGUUUUACUGUUUUUACUGUUUGAUUUGUCAGUACAUGUUCAUAAACCUUAUAGUUCAUUUUAAUUCUACAAUUUUUCACUCUAUGUGCUAAUAUUAUAUAUCGUUAAGGACUUUUGUACUGUUGUAUGUAACACUGAAUAAUGAAUUUGACAGCCUUUUUUUACCCAUCCAUUUUCAAUUUUGACAUCGUGUACCUUAAUAGCACCUAGACCUAGUUUAUUUAAUACCUUGUAAACUUAAUUUCCUAAAAAAAAGUCAUUUAUAACUCCAUCAUUCUUUAGAACUACUAAAAUUUCAUACAAAUAACAUAUUCUUGCAAUUCAUCUUUAAAUGUUAAGUUUAAACUACUUCCAAAUGUGUUUCUUUGUGUUUGUGUGUUUAAACAAGAAAGAUUGAUAUUCUUGAAUCACUUUAUUUCGUCCAGGAUUGUGAUUGUGAAGAUGGGGAAGAUGGCUAUUCCUAUGUAUCAUUCCAUGUCCCAAAAGAUCUCGCUCGAGAUUUUAUCAACAACAAGAAGGAAAUGUACAAGUUCAGGUAUUGUGAUUGAGUUCACUAUAACAGGUGGUCUGCUGAUAAAUAUUGUUCUUACUACACCAGUGAAUGAAGUCCAACCUUUCUUAAUCUUCCCUUGGGGUCGUCCAUGUAUGCAACUAAGGGGGGCAUAAUCAGAAUUUUUGCACAUGCAUAUUGUUUAAAUUAUAUCAUUUCUGAUAUAUGCUGUGUUGGUCUAAUGUACUCAGGUGAAUAAGAUGCUUGUGUGAUGUUACUCUGAGUGUAUAUCCACACCGGGCAGGCCUGAAAACUAUGCCUGGCCACAGUGGUAUUUGAACCUAUGACCUUUGGAAUACUAGCCCAAUGCUCUGCCAACUGAGCUACACGGUCAGGUCGGUUCGAGUCAGGAACUAGACUCAGUUCCGAAAUAUCGCACACUCGAACCGACCUGAGCAUUGGGCUAGUAUUCCAAAGGUGACGUAGGUGGCCAGGCAUAUUUUUCAGGCCUGCCCGGUGUGGAUAUACACUCAGAGUAACAUCACACAAGCAUGAUAUCAUUUCUAUUGUUCUUUGCAUACAAAGGGGGGAGGGAGGGGGUAAAAUUUGCAAACUUUUUUGCUUAUGUACAAAAUGUACAUGGCCUCCUAAUGCACUGAUCAAUCUGAAUGUGACAUCCCCUCCCUAGGCAUAUAUGAUUGUUAGGAUGUUUAACAGUUUCAUUUCAAGCUUGACCAAUAUAUAAUAUUGCUUUGCAAAGUGUUUGCAACAGAUUAUAGAAUGUUUUUACACCAAAACUAAUUAAUAACUAUUAUUAUAUAUGAAUAACUUUUCAGAUUCAAUAAAGCUUUUGACAGACAUACGAAACAGGAUGAUAUAUUUGAACAUGUAGCCAGAGGCGUUAUUGACAAGUAUGUUGACUUUAAUGACAACUUAUGUCAAGCUACGGUGAGCAACAACAAAAAUAUCUAACUUGCACCACUUGAUAACACCUGAUUUCUAUCUGGCCCCCAGCAGUGUGUGAGAAAAUGUUUUCUACUUUUUUUGUUCCGCAGUCAGUGGAAAAUAACAUUUAAUUUCCAAUUUCUUCUGUGGGGGAAGUGUGGAUGUUUUAUGAAAUGACCCAUUCUAUAAAUAAUAUCCAUGCUAAUAAUAAACUUUUUAAAAGUAAAUUAUUAAUUUGAUUCUUGUAGUGUUUUAUCAGGAUUUAAUGGAACAAUAUUUGCAUAUGGACAGGUAACAUAAUUGCCUCAUUAUUGAACUAACAAGUGACUCAUUAUUGAACUAACAAGCUACUCAUUAUUGAACUAACGAGCUACUCAUUAUUGAACUAACGAAUUACUUGUUAUUUGAACUAACGAACUACUCAUUAUUGAACUAACAAGCUACUCAUUGAACUAGCAAGUCACUCAUUAUUGAACUAACAAGAUACUCAUUAUUGAACUAAUGAGCUACUCAUUAUUGAACUAACAAGCUACUCAGUGAACUAGCAAGUGACUCAUUAUUGAACUAACAAGAUACUCAUUAUUGAACUAAUGAGCUACCCAUUAUUGAACUAGUGAGCUACUCAUUAUUGAACUAAUGAGCUACUCAUUAUUGAACUAAUGAGCUACUCGUUGAAUUAAUGGGUGACUCAUUAUUGAACUAACGAGCUACUCAUUGAACUAGCGAGUGACUCAUUAUUGAGCUAACGAGUGACUCGUUAUUACAGACAGGAUCUGGAAAGACAUUCACAAUCACUGGAGGAGCAGAACGAUAUGCAGACAGAGGAAUAAUACCAAGAACCCUAUCAUACAUGUUUGGAUGUUUUGAAAAAGUAUGUAGUCACUUAAGGUUACUUCACAUGAUGAAUCAACCUCGUUCCCAGGCUCUUUGCUCUUGAUGAUGAAUGUGUGUUUUAGUCUAUUGAACAUGGCUCAACAAAUUUUAGGUGUAACUUUACCAAAUUUUUAGUGAAGGAAGCCAAGAAAAUGCUGAUUUUCGAAAAUCUUCAUUUGAUGGGUGUUCUGUUUAAACAUGUCCAGUACUGGCUGACUAAAGAAAUAUAUAAAUAUCCCAUAAAAAAAAUCAAAAUAUGUUUAUAGUUUACCUCAAUGUUUGUCUACAUAUCUCGAUUUCAAUCAUCAUAAAAAAAAGAGGUAAAAAAGAGGUGUCCGGAAAAUUUCUCUUCUUCAAUGGUUUUUCUGAUAUGACGUUUUCUUUGACAACUUGGUGAAUAUCAGUGACAAAUCCAAGAAUCAGGGCAUAUCAGAAAAACCACUAAAGAAGAGACAUUUUCCGCACACUUUUUUACCGUGCCUAUGAAGAUUCGAAUUGCGAUAUCUAGACAAAUGUUGAGGUAAACUAUAAACAUAUUUUGAUCUUUUUAUGAAGGUACUUAUAUAUUUAUUCAGUCAAUGAGUCAGCCAAUACUGAAAAUGUUUAAACUGAACACCCAUCAAAUGAAAAUUUUCGAAAUCAGCAUUUUCUUGGCUUUCUUCACUGAAAAUUUGGUAAAGUUACACCAAAAAUUCGUUGCUCCAUGUCCAAUGGAUUAAAACACACGUUCAUCGUGUGAAGUAAGCUUAAGAUAUUGACGUAUAUAUUUACUAUAUAGUCAAACUCUUGUUAUAUUAGUUUCUAAUGCCCUGACUAAAUUAAAACAAUGCCAUCCACCCACCCACCUCCUGGAAAAUUUGCAAGCACCAUAUCCCCCCUAGCAUCUGGUACACCCCCCUAGAGUAUCUGAAAACUCCUCCCUGGAAUUUCCAAACUUCACCAACAACUCUCCCACCACCCUUGGAACCCCCCCCCCCCUUCAUGAAUCAUGGCCUAACUCACUAAAAAUGGGAAAUAUUAAAUUACUUAGAACCCAGAGUAUGUGUACACAUCUCAUGUGUCGUAUCUUGAAGUUUACAAUGACAAUGGCUAUGAUCUCUUGGAUCCAAAACAUGAAGCAUCAAAACUUGAAGAUUUGCCGUAAGUUGCAAGAAAACUUGAUGUCCUCAAUAAAACAACUUUCUGCUACUGUGUAUAAAUGACUCAUCAUAGCAUUCUGCCUGCAGAAAAAUUGGUUUGAUGGAAGACAAUGAUGGAAAUAUACAUUUAAAGAACCUUUCCUUACACCAAGCAAACAAUGAAGAGGAAGGUACAGAACUACAUAUUUUAAAUUAUCAGUGUUUCAAUGGACCUUUCCCCUUAUAACUAAAAUUUUGAUCUAGACAAAAGUUUCAUCACAGCUUGAAAGAGCAUCACAAAAUUAGUAAUAUUCCAAAGUUUCAUUGCGAAAUGUUUUAAAAUGCGGAUAAUAUAGCAUUGCGAAGUUUGCAAUUUUCAGUCAUUUUGUAUUACGCACAGGAAAUUGACAGCCCAAUCGGGUGUGGGGCAUCAAUUUCCCAUUUGUAAUACAAAAUGACUGAAAAUUGCAAAUUGUGCAAGGCUAUAUUAUCCGCAUUUUACAACAUUUCGCAACGGAACUUCGGAAUAUUACUAAUUUUGUGAUGCUCUUUUAAGCUGUGAUGAAAUUUUGUCCAGACUUGUUUAGAUCAAAAUUUCACUCAUAAGGGGAAAGGUCAAUUGGGCAUCCAAUAGCUCCAUGGUCCGAGGUGUCACUUCUUGGGUAGCCCAUGACAAGGUUAACUCUUGACAAGAGACAGAGUAAAAUAAUAACGUAGGGCUCAGAAAUUAAAUUUUGAACAAGUGAUGUGACUCCAUUUGGACAUGCCAAGUUUCUCCAAAUCAUUUGAAGUGUUUUUUUUAACCUUCCAAUUGUCUCUUUCAUUUAGCGCUAAAUUGGUUGUUUCUUGGAGAUACAAAUAGAAUGAUUGCUGAGGUAUUAGAUAUGACAGAUAGUACAGAACAAUGAUCAAAACAGUCCUUGUAUUUUCCUCAUUAUAUACAGUAGCCUGUACUCUUUUUGAUUUAUCUAAUUAUACAUAAAUGGUACAAUAACUCUUCCUAGACACCAAUGAACCAAGCAUCAACAAGAUCACAUUGCAUCUUCACAAUUCAUGUUUCUGCUAGAGAACCUGGUUCAGCGACAUUGCGAAGAGCCAAGUUACAUCUUGUUGAUCUGGCUGGGUACGGAAAAAAAAUAAUUACAUAAUAAUUACUGUAGUUAUUUAUUGAUAAUUAGUAAUGAAUAAUUUGUGCUUGCAGGCAAAACUUUCAAGAAUAUUCAUGCUUACGUGUCAUAUAAUAUUUAACAAAAAUGUUUCUUAGUUCUGAGAGAAUUCACAAGAGUGGUGUUGAUGGGACAAUUUUGACUGAAGCAAAAUAUAUCAACCUUUCACUACACUAUCUUGAACAGGUUAGAAAUGAAAAAUAAUAAUUAGCAUUCUAAUUGAAUACCGUUCAACAUUCUAAUUGAAACAUAUCGCAUUAUCUUGCCCAUGUAACGUGAGAUUAGAAUGCAUAGAAAGGUCGAAACGUCUAAGUGACUGUUUUUACAGCAUGAAUAUUGAUUUCUCCAAACAUGUUUUCAGGUGAUUGUGGCUUUGUCUGAGAAAUCAAGAACUCACAUUCCGUAUCGUAAUUCGCUUCUUACUUCAGUGCUAAGAGACAGGUAAGAACUAGUUAAACUCCAAUAAUUUAUGGGUCAAGAAUUGUUCACUAUUUUAUGGUUUCGUAUGUUAACAGUUGAAUAAUGUAGAACUAUUCUUUUUGCAUUUAGUUUGGGAGGGAAUUGCAGAACAACUAUGAUUGCCACUUUAUCGAUUGACCGCAAGAAUAUUGAUGUAAGUUAUUAGAACCAAUUAGAACUGAUUAAUAGAAUCAAAUCUCGUGUUUAAUUUAAGUAAUUGUUUCAUUCCCUUAGGAGUCCAUAUCAACGUGUAGAUUUGCGCAGAGAGUGGCCAUGAUUAAAAAUGAUGCUAUCUUAAAUGAAGAAAUUGAUCCGAAGCUUGUACGUUUGUGAUAAUGUUGUACUUUUUAUAAAUGCUUGACCAUAAUAUUCUUUCAACACAUUCAAGUUUCAAGACAGAAAUACAUAUAGGUUUUACAGUCGGUUUCAGCUGACUUUUCACUCAAAUGUUCCGAACUUCGUUCCGAACUUCGCAAAUUCGUUGCCAAGUUCAAAAGUUCAUAAUGAAAUUCACAAACGGGUUUGUAAACUGGGCAUUUGAUUGGCUGGUUUGAUUUAAUAGCCAAUCAGAGGCUUUGUUUACAAACCUGUUUGUGAAUUUCAUUAUGAACUUUUGAACUUGGCAACGAAUUUGCGAAGUUCGGAACGAAGUUCGGAAUCUUACGGUGAAAAGUCAGCUGAAACUCACUGUAAGGCUGGAUCGCAGUUGGAAUAUUGCAUGGGUAAAUUCUACGUUAUGAAGAAUUUGAAAGAAAUUUUUGAGGAAACUGUCUUAUUGUUUAAAAUCUUCAAAACACCUUUAACAUCUUUACCACCUUUACCAAUUCAAAAUUCCUACUGUGAUCAUAGAAACUUUGAUAGCGUAAACCAGCCUUUAAUGUCAGUCGUGAAAUAAUUAGAAGAAGGUUUAAAGAAAGUUGAGAGGAAGUUUUAAUUAGAAGGUUUAAAGAAAGUUGAGAGGAAGCUUUAAAGAAGUUUUAAAGAAAGUUGAGAGGAAGUUUUAAAGAAGGUUUAAAGAAAGUUGAGAGGAAGCUUUAAAGAAGGUUUAAAGAAAGUUGAGAGGAAGCUUUAAAGAAGGUUUAAAGAAAAUUGAGAGGAAGUUUUAAAGAAGGUUUAAAGAAAGUUGAGAGGAAGCUUUAAAGAAGGUUUAAAGAAAGUUGAGAGGAAGUUUUAAAGAAGGUUUAAAGAAGGUUUUUUUCUUCAGAUGAUAAUCAAGUUAAAGCAAGAAAUACAGCAAUUGAAAGACGAGCUAGCACUGUCGACAGGAAUGGAGUACAAGGGAGAACUGACUGAAGAGGAUAUUGAAAGGUGAGAAAACCGAAAUAAAGCCAGGGUGUGAGAAUUCAAAAUCUUUGAUCGUACCUGACUGGUACCCCAAUGAUUAUUGCCGCGUACUUGAGUUUGUACAAACUCAGUUAAGAUUCAAGGUAACUUAGCCUAUAAAUUAAGUACUUAAAGAACAGGUUUCUGAAAAGUAUUCAUUCAGUAAUUAGCCAUUCCGAAGUUGAUGAGAGGACUUGGGACGAGUGUUAAAAAGUGCCCAAAUUAAGAAAUGAACCAAAUCACUAAAAAGAGCACCUCAAAAUUAGUAAGUAUACAAAGUUUGAAGACGUUUACAUUAAUACCCCUCGAAUAACAAGCUUUCGAAAAUCGCGAUAUUUACUAUGAAAUGUAUUGUAAUUUUUGUUUUUGGGACGCGCGUCCCAAAAACAAUCUUUUAAUCAGUAAUUUCACAAUUUUCGAAAGCUUAUUAUUCGAAGGGUAUUCAUGUAAACGUAUUCAAACUUUGUUUACUUACUAAUUUUGAGGUGGUCUUUUUAGUGAUUUGGUUCAUUUCUUAAUUUGGGCACUUUUUAUCACUCGUCCCCAGUACACUCAUCAACUUCGGAAUGGCUAAUUACCUGAAACUAGGAGUUAAAACACUGGGUCAGUGAGUGUGUCUUUAUUCUAAUGACUACGUUUGAUUGAAACGUUACGCAGGUUGAAACACAUGAUCAAAACUUACAUUGAAGACAAAGAUCCCGAAGCCUCGUUAUUAGUUGGUGCUGAUAUGAGAAAGAUCAACGUUUCCUUCAAAUUAUUCAAGGUAAUGUUCACAUGAUCAACCUAUUGAUUAUUGACUAUCGAUAAUUUGUCCGUGGUGUCUGCAUGGGCUGUAUAGGCAUAAUACCACUCUCUCGCGUCCGAUUUUGCGUCCUGAAUAUUAGACCGCACGAAAAAUACCUCACUCAUACGCGAAACGUUUGCAGCUUACCUAUUGUUUCAAAAAAUGGAAUUUUUCCCCUCUAAGAAUAACCUUGAUAAUUUGUUAUUAGGGUCAUGUCUUGGAUAGGAAACCCAGCAAAUCCCCAGAUACUGCAAGGUAAUGUGGCUUACUUACUUCGUAACUAAUGUAUUAAUGCUCUGCACUCAGUAAAGACGUUAUUUGUUAAAUAUUUCUUGGUGUCUUUAGAUCAAACUACACAUCGCAAGACAGUUCAUAUUUGAGUGAUCAAAAUGAGACGAAGAAACUGAAAGAAUUGAUCCAGCAAAGAGACAACGAAAUUAGUAUCCUUUAUCGCCAUAUUGAAAAAGAAAGGUAACCCACUCUGCAUUUAUCUAGUACAGUAUGAAUGUCAGUCUUUAUGGGGUUGUACACACCACCUAAUCGGCACACGAAAGCAUACAUGAACUUGUGGUUAAUACUGGGCAACUGGACUCGGUAGCUCAGUGGUCAGAGUGCUGGAGGUGAAAUACUGUUUAAAACAAGAGCAGGAGUGUGUCAUUCUCGUACCCAGAGCCCUUCUUACGCACGGUGCGACGAGGGGCUCUGGCCAAAUCCAUAACCGGAUAGCAUAAAAACAUGGUAAGAAAACAAUAGCCGGUGUUAGAACUAGCCAAUCAGAUGCCAGUUCCGAUAUGGAUUUGGCCAGAGCCCCUCGUCGCACCGCGCGUAAGAAGGGCUCUGGAUACGAGAAUGGAGUGCUGUAUCAGAUAUAAAACACGACGCGACAGCCGAGUAAUUAAUGAAUUAUUAAUUGUUUUUUAACUGUAUAUACAUUUUCGCUCGAAGUUUUCAUCUCCAAACACCCAUCAACAUACCUCAUGUUUUUUUCUACGUGUAUUGGCGUGCAUGAUCAGAACACUAAACUAGGUAUGCGAGCUAUCCUAUCUGAUACACCAUACGAUACCGCGACCUAAAAUUUAAAAAAAAAUAAAAUUUAUUGCUUGCCCCACGCCCCCAUUAAUGUGUAAAUCGAAUUGCGCGCCGAUAACUGGAGUAACAGAGUUGCAACGCCCAGGAAAGGUAAAUAAUAAUAAAUUAGCUUUACCUUUUAACUUUAAAAAAGGUGUACACAUAAUGACGUGGAUUUGGCGAGGGAACUAGCAGGGUUCCCAAUGGAAGCCGGCGCCAUUUUCGCCAUAUAUAGCAUUGACUAUUUCUCGGAAAUUAUGAGGCAAAAUAUUUCCUCCUUAUCACAGUGAUGUCAAGGGAAAGGUUUCUUGCUUCUAUAACAUAAAUCUUACACGAUAUGCUUCAUUAAAUAUUUGGAUGUGACAAUAUCUCUAAAACUACAAUCAUAGACCAAUUCAUUGGGACAAUGAUGUAUCAAACGAAUAGUUUGGGAUGUCGUUUUGUUAACGGAAGUUUUACGCCCCACACCCUACUACCCCUUCCCCCACCACUCAAUGUUGGGUAUUUCACCCAACUCAGUUUCGUUGUCAACAUUGAUCGGUGGGGUGGGGUGGGGUGAGGGGAGGGCUGAACUGAGGCUAUGUAUGGGGUAGAUGUGUUUUUAUAUGGGUGUGAACUUUGUCCCAAUGAAUUUAUUUGACGAUUGUAGUCUCCAAAACGGCUGUAAAUGUGAUUUUAAAAAAUCUAAAUUUCAAUACAUUCGUGAUACAUGCGGCACAAUAUAGUACUUCUUUCAAAAAGCCUCCGACACUAAAUUAUAUAUUAGGAAACUUUGAGUUAGGUUUAUGUUGUUUAAACUGAGCAAUUUCGUAGGCUUGGUUGGGAUGCAUCUUUUGUAUGUGGGCAUGACGAAAAACCCAAGGUUGAAGAUUUUCAAUUCGUGGAGAGUUUUGAAGAUUUGAAGGAUCAAACAUCGCAUUGUAACCACAAUGAACCACAUGUGUCCUGCUGUGUAUCUUGCAAAACAUUGAUAUCCUACCAAAGUUAUGUUAAGGUGGAUGUGAAACACUCUGGGGGCUCGCAUCGUCAAACUGAUUCAUGGUUCAUAGAACAAUUGGAUUUAAAAUCUUUGAAAACCCUCGCGAAACUAAAGUUUGAAAUGGAGAACUUCACUGUCAAGGAGCUGCGAGAAUUAUAUCGCAAGUCCCGCGUGGUAAUCCACGCAAAUUUCACGAAUAAUCGUCACAUCCACGAAGAGAUGAUGCGAGAGAUUGAGGGAUGUAAAGUGGUGAAGAAACCCGAAAGACGGCGGGAAAAUCUGGAAUUAAAAAGGGCAUCUUCUUUGGCAAAAUAUAAAGAGGUUUUGACGGAGUUCCAUGAAGCGCACGAGAGAUUGGUUGAUAUUACACAGAUGAAGAUUGAAGCUGAGGAAUUACAUACAUGUUUGAUGGAGAAAUUACAGAAAACGAAGAUGAAUCACGAUGAAAUUGUUUCUCAACAUUCUCGGCAGUUUAGACCUCGUGUAGAAAGAGAAAGAAAGAACUCCGUGUGAACAGACGUUGUUACUUUGUCUUCUUAUUCAACUGAACCGCUUAUAAAUUGAUUAAAAUCGACUAAAACAUUAGACGCAGAAAUUCGUUUGCAGGUUUUAUUUUUAAGUUAUAAUACUUUACAAACAACAAUACUAACUAGAUACGAUAAAUAAUAAAUAAACUGAAAUAUGCUUUGAAAGUAAAUCAAAACAUUUUCUCCUUUUAACCUUGGUCCUUUCAGGCCAGUAUUUCGUACUUCCAUUACGGAUGUUGUUCAACAUAGUUUAAGUUUCUUGCAUUCUUUCAAGCAGUUCUACGUUCCUUCAUCCUUUUGUUUUGUCAUUUUCCCAUUCGUAGCCUGCAUGGCAGGCGGCUACCCCCGAGGCGGAACACCCGUUUUUCUUUCUUUCAUUGCUGCUUUUGACUUACCUUGCUUGUGGAAAUCUGUUAACUGUUACUCUGGACUAUCUAGCUGCCAUUUCUUUACUGUUUGGCUGCUUGCCUACUUUUUAAAUUUAACAACAUAAUUGCCUAUAGUGGAAAUCCAGUUUUGACAAUGAAGGUGGUUGUUACCGAUUACAAGGUCUCACGAAAAGGGUACCAGGCAUAAUGGUCUGGGGGCCGCCGGCACUCCCCCCCCCCCUCCCCGUAGUUCGUUUGGUCCGUUUGAUAACCGGUAAGAAAUUAAACGGGUUCUUUUGGAACUUUGUUGGGUUAAUUGAGAAAGUUUUGUUGCAUCUUUUUUUCAUCCUGUGUUGAGCAUCUCUCGAAGACUAGUACUGAAUCUCUAUAUUCUACACAAUCUUUCCUCCAUCAAUUUCCGAGUGUUGAAAAGCAACAACCCCCUGUAUGUUGAUCUGUUGCACCACCAGCAGAAGCUGAUUCGUCAUCCCUAAACAUUUGGUAGUGAAUGGAAACUAAAACUUGCAACUUUUGUUAAAAGUUAAAAAUGGCCAUAUAUGUUCAUUUGGCACUGGUGCUUCUACAGUUAUAUUAGCGCCUGAAUUUCAGGUUAACAGUGUAUGUAAAAUCGUAUAUCUUACCCGUCUGUCUUAAUUGUCAACUAUUCCCAUCAUUCUUCUUACCUUUGUUUUCCGAUAUUCUUCAGUGUUACUUUUUACCACUAUGCUGACAAAGGUCUACCUAACCUAAUCUAACUCCUUUUAUUAUUUGGCUGCUGCUUCUGUUAUGAGUUGAGUUGUUUCUAUUGCACAUUUGUUCGAUCUAACUUGUCCUUAUUAGUUAAACGCGACAUUGUGUCAACUCCAUUGAAGGUUUACCAUCAGGCGAUUAUUCUUCACCACUGUAUCAGUCCUUGGAAUUACAACUCCUUGGAAAGUCCUGUAGAUUGCAAAACCAUUAUUCUUCAUCUGAAUGUUCUUCAUCUGAAUAUUCACGCUUAUCAAGAACAUUCAUCUCAAGACAGCUCAUUGACCUGCCUCUUUGUUCUUGAACCGAAGAAAGGCAUCCUGUUUUUCUUAAUUUUGAAAUCUAUUUGUCGUUGUUGUUUCCACCAUUUCUUUUUCACCAAACUCUUCAAGUACAAUAUCCUCGCAAUAUUCUAUGUCGAAAACGAUCUUUCAUGAGAAAACAGACAGCCAUCAGUGAAAUAUUGUUUGAACAAAAAAAAUUCGUUUUAAUAACAUUGCACCACCUGCGUUAUACCUGCUUGUCCUUGACACGUUGCCUAGCCUGCGCAACCUGAUGUUUUCAAGGUGUCGGGCAAAGCAAUGCGAACAAAGUCACUCAGGGGCCCGAUAUCAAUUUAGGCGACAACAGAACAGAUGAGUCACACAGAGCCUGGGAUAUCAGAAAAGACACCUAUUCAUCUGGUCUGGGAGAAAAUCAUCUCACAACCCCAGGCCACUCGAAACAUCAAAGUUCUCUGUAUUUUUCAGGUAGUUGUAUCCGUAUUAAUCUUGUGAAUAUUGAUGCUACCUACACUGGCAGAGACCAUUCAAAAUUUUCAGGUUAGCACGGAUCCCUCCAUCUGCGGCCCAUGAAGAAGCAGGAUGCAUCAAAUAUGUCCACAUUUUUGUGGUUAGCAAAUUAAACAGCAACCUGCUACCAAGUAAACCAUCACAACACAACAUUUCUUGCAGUAAAAUGGAUGAAGCGGCAGUCGCGGCGGACCAACAACAACAGCCUUCAGUUCAAAGUUUCCUCAAUUUUGAAUUCUUCCGCGAUACAUGGGUGGGUCGCUUAAAAAUCGCGGAAUUCUUUUUCUGCCUCCUGGCAGCUGCACUUGUACCCGCGUCCGUUUAUGGCCAUGAGGCUGGCUUUGGUUUUAUGAGUUUUGUCGCUUGGACGGCGUUUAUAUCUAUCCUUAUCGACUGCUUUCUACAUCUCAUUCGAGAUAUCUGGGAAAAGUUGGUGUUUCUUAGAGACCAUCCUGAAAUCUACUUGGUUUUAUGCGUCAUUGGAGCGACUGGUCUUUGUUUGGGUUCAAUUACUGAGUUGGCAAUCUCUACGUACGCCAAGAAUCCAAAUAUGGCGCGAGCUUCAGGAAUUUUUGGUUUCGUCGUCAUGUUAGCAUUUGCUAUAGAAGCUUUCCUGCAUUUCCAGAACUUCAAAGAGAAAGUGGAAGAGCGACGAGAAAGACAGGAGAGGUCUGGUACCCACCAACCAGAUGACGUUUUCACUGAUAUCAGAUACGAUGCAUAAAAUCAACUUUCUUAGAUAACUAUAUAUACAAUUAUAAAACAAUUUAGCUUAGCUAAAGCUCAACAAUUAUUAUCUACUUUGUUUUUCUUAGGAAAUGAACUGUUACUGCAUUAUGUUAUUGUUUAUGUGAAACGUAGUUAAUAUAAUAGAAAUAUAAACACCAUACAUUGCAUGCAUAUUUUUAAUGUUGUUUUUCAUCAAACUUUGUGUUGGUUACGUCUGGGAUGUUUUCUUUUGGAAGUGGCGGCCCUCAAGUUUUGUGUUUGACAAUACAUAUGUAUUAUAAAACAGCAGAAGAUGCAUUAUUAAUGCCGGUAGAUUUGUAUAUGUUAAUUUCGUUUGUACAUGUCAAUUCAGAAAUGCUACUGCGCAUCCAAAUGACGCAUUCUGUGUGUCGUUGAGACUGGAAGAAUUGGAAAGUAAAUUAUCAUUCUCAGGAACUCAAAGGCAUAAACUCUCUUUUUCAGGAAGAGCUUGUAAAUAUUUGUAAAUAGUUUUCAUUUCUUAGUUUUCUAAACUAUCUAAAAAAGUUUUAGUAUAAAUAAAAGACAUAUUCACAGCAUAUAUCUUUAAUCUUUAAUUAAAACUAAACAUUCAUUUCUUACAUAAUCACAGCAUAUAUACUUUCUUAACGAGUCAUUGUAGGUCUAUUGUACUUUUUAUAUUAAAAUGGAUGAAUAAAACUAUCAUUAUUAUUGUUAAUUAAAAAAAAUAUUAAUAAUUCACGAGGAAAAUACAAAAGAAAUUAAUGUUUAAUCAAUGUUUUGUAAAUCGGAUACAGAUUUUUCCUGAUUUACAUAAACUUUAACUUUGAUUUUCUCGGCUUAGACACUGUUUAUUUUUAAAAUUACUUCGCCAAUGAAGUCAUCAGAUAGGUCAUUUUUUAGGUACGAUAAAACAUUCGCAUCCGACUCUGUAUCUGAUAUACAAACUCUCGCCUUCGGCUCGAGUAGUUAGAAAGGGCGAUUGUUAGUGGUUGCAGAGAAGCGGUCAACUUUAUGCGACGGCAACGUGUCAAAAAGUGAAACUGUAUUUCUAGUUCGUUCAUACCACAGGUGGCCCAAUCUCAGAAUGAAUGAUCAGGUGUUACCGAUUUUUAACGGUUUUUAUAAACAAAUUUAUAGUCAACCAAAACUAUUCUAAAAACAGUCUCAGUUCAGUCAAAUAAAUACAUUUUAACAAUAAAAUAUAGUUGAGUAUCUAAACAGCUAGUGCAACUGUAACUUGGCAAACGGUCAUAGAUAUAAACAAAUAUUAACUCAAUGUAACUGCUAUUAUUAUUAAUAAAGUGCAUGCAAAUCGAACUCCUAAACAAAUUUUCAAAACUACACUAGCUAGACAACAAUUUUCGACAAAUCACAAUUUAUUUUGUUUUUUUCGAGUUUUUUUGGCACGUUUUCUGGCGAUGUUUUUUUGCACAAUUUGCACACGAAGUUAAUACACAACUGAUACCGGUAAAUCGAACUGCGCUAUACAAGUUUUCAAAACUACACUAGCUAUGGUAUGCAAAACGUUUAGUGCACGAACAAAUAAAUAUGUAUUGUAAAUGUUUAAAAUAUAAAAAACUAUCAGUUACCUGAAGUUUGAAAGCCGGCUUUUCCUCUUUAAUAAUGACAAAACUGAACAAAGGAUGCAAAGAAUGCACGAAACAGCACAAUCAGCACGAACUACGAACAGUACGAAGGCAAAAUUGUUUUCCAUGUGGCACGCUAUAUAUGGUCACGAGUUCCAUAUACCGAUAAAAUGAGCCCGCAAAGGGUGUUGAAUACAUAUUCCAGCGGAAAAAUGUAUUGAGCACAAUUUUUUGUUAAAUUUUCACAAUUCAGCGAAAAUCUCCCAUAUCUGAGAUUAGGAUGCUCCCAGCUCGCUGGCUGGUGCUCGCUCGCUGGUCGCAAUAAAAUGUAGUUGACAUUAUAGUAUAAUACCUUUGCAUUCUUUUAAUUACUCCAUAGGGCAUUACAUUGAAAAGGUUUUCUGGUUCUAUCCAAUACGAGAGCUGUAUCUGAAUCCAAGUGAGCACGUAAUAAUAAUCGUACUCGCUUCACUUGGUCUGUAGUAAAGUACUACCAGUUUCUACUAACGUGAAAUGUUGAAGCUGAAACUUGAGAAAAAAGUAAAUUCACAAUAAUUUACUUUAAUGUGGAAGUUUUUUUCAAAAAACUGACGGACAUAACUCUCUUCAUUGAUAAAAAAUGAUAACUCUCUAACAUCUUCAUAAUGUUAACGAGAGAGAGUUACGUCAAACAUAACUCUCUCAUGUUAGUUCAAGGAAACAUCGGGAGAGUUAAGAAAUUGGGUGUGGCCGUUGGGAAAAGUGGGUGUGGUUUGAACAUAACUCUCCGAAAUCAUAACUCUCCGAGAUAACUCUCCACUUCAUAACUCUCCGUUUAGCCGGUCCCGCCACCAAUGAUUAGCCUUCUACUCCAGGUGAUCUUGAUACGCGGAAAAGUACUGGCACUAGUUGUCAAAUAGAAAUCCAUUUUAUAAUAAUAAUAAUAAUAAUAAUAACGAUUUAUUCAACAGAUCCAUACAUAUGGCUCUUCCCUGUUAAAAUACUAAUUAAAUACUAUAUUCUAUAACUAUGGACUAUAACGUUUAAGUGUUGAAAUUAGAUAAAAUCGAUGUUCGGAUUAAAAACUAGUUUUGGCGUGCUCUUUCGAAUAAAAGUUCUUUGGUUAAUUUUAAAAAUACUUUGUAAUUAGUACAAUUCCUGAUGUUCUCAGGUAAGGAAUUAAAAAGUUUCGCAGCACUAUGUUGAAACGUUCCAGUUUCUUUCUUUAUGAUUAAAACAACGGAAUAUCUCCUGUAAUAUACUUUAUUUCGAUUCCAUAUUUUUGUCAGAGCUAUAGUUCUCAUAACCAAACAUAAUUACAAAAUUUCAACUAGUUUCAUAAAGAAUAAUGAAAGAUAUAAUUGACUAAAUACAUCAAAAUGGAUUUCUAUUCGGACAACCCUUUCUGAGCGCUGAUUGGCUAAAAUACGAACACGAGAUCACCUGGCUGGUAUAUUAUAUGUAAUCAUGUAGGCCACAGAAAAUGUCAGUCAAUCGAUCUAAAUGAGCUCAUGGAGAAAUUAAAAGAAUGCAAAGGUAUUAUACUAUCAUGUCAACUAUAUUUUAUUGUUAAAAUGUAUUUAUUUGACUAAUUUGAGGAAGUUUUUAGAAUAGUUUUGGUUGACUAUAAAUUUGUUUAUAAAAACCGUUAAAAAUCCACAACACCUGAUCAUUCAUUCUGAGACCGAAAGCAUUUGCACCAGUCUCGUUCCCAGAGUAUGCCUGUUCGCGGGUUAUGUAGUGGCAUACCUAACCCGCGAACAGGCAUACUCUGAGAACGAGAUUGCAUUCGCACAUCAGUACACAGGUGUUAAUUUUAAUUUAAUUUUAAAAAUUUUUGAAAUACGUGACCUUCGGCUUCGCACAUCUGAGUGGGAUCAAGCCUUCAACAUGGACGAACAAACGAGGAAGGAACCCACAUCUGGAACUGGCGAACAAAGGCCAUUUCUUGACUUCGAAUAUUUAUAUGCUUCAUGGAGUGGUCGUUUUAAGAUCGCCGAGUUCUUCACUUCAUUGCUAGCUGGUGCUCUGGUACCGGGAGCUUACAAAUAUAGUGGUGGUUUUUAUUUCAUGAGUUGGGUCGCGUGGUCAACUUUCAUCAACGUCGUUUUGGAUAUUAUUCUUCAUCUAGUGCGAGUCUGGGAUAAACUCACGUUUGUUCGUACUUAUCCUCAAGUUCUCGUGUGUCUUUGUUUUCUUGGAUCCAUGUUGUUGGGUGUCGCAGGUGUAGUCGAAGUUAUUAUAUCGCAGCAUGCUGUCUGCAUGCAGUAGAUCCCGGCCUAGGUUACGCGUCUGCACUUUUUGGCUUCAUGUGUUGUGUGGUGUUAGGGAUCGAGUGUUCUGUUCACUACAAAAGUUAUCGUGCGAAACAGCAACAGAGAGCUACAGAAAUGACCACGACUGCUGGACCAGCCACUAUUCAAGAUCCUAACUUUUAUUAAACAUUCAUCUGUGAGAGUGAGUCUCCACAAAGACGAAAGCGCAGGGAACUGAUUAAAAGCCGAGAUAACCCGUUACAAUGUUUACAUGAAAUAACUCAUAUUUACGCUACUCUACAAUUGUACAAAAGUUUGUUAGUGGUAAAUUAUACCUAUACGGCUAUACUAAACAAACCAUAAUACUGUUGUAAACUGUUUUUUUUUAAAUUUUCACUGAUCCUAAGCCAAAUUUGUUCGCAUGUUAGUGAAAUAUGAUACGGUGUGUACAUGACUAAGUAGAGUCUGAGGUUUUCUGCUUCAAUCAUAUGAACCAAAACGUAGCAUAUUUCUUUGUUUCGUGAGCACUGUCUAUAUAGAGAUUAGAGUGAAACUAAUGACUUCGACACAAAAAAUGCUACGGUACCGUUACGAUACGGUUGAGGUGAAAAACAUACAAGAAUUUUAGGAAUUAAUUGAAUAUUUGCGUGACUAAAUUUUGAUCUGGACAAAAAUUUCAUCACAGCUUGAACGAGUAUCACAAAAUUAGUAAUAUUCCAAAGUUUCGUUGCGAAAUGUUGUAAAAUGCGGAUAAUAUACCCUUGCGAAGUUGCAAUUUUCAGUCAUUUUAGAUUACAAAUGGGAAAUUGACAGCCCGAUAGGCUCUGAGGCUGUCAAUUUCCCGUUUGUCAUCUAAAAUGACUGAAAAUUGCAAACUUCGCAAGGCUAUAUUAUCCGCAUUUUACAAUAUUUCGCAACGAAACUUUGGAAUAUUACUAAUUUUGUGAUGCUCUUUCAAGCUGUGAUGAAAUUUUUGUCUAGACUUGUUUAGAUCAAAAUUUUGUCUAUUACGCAAAUGGUCAAUUGUCGUAUUAUUUAAUGCGAGAUCACACGGAUAAAUAAAAUACAAAUAUCUGAUCUCUUUCUUAUGUCAACGAGAAUCUGUCUUACUUUAUCAUUUAUUUCGGAGAGCUCGAUCAUUUUUAGUUCUGGCCAUUAGGCUUGCUUUGGCCCUUAACAUAGUGCUGCCUCAGUUGUGCAUUUGUUACGAAACACUAUAUCACUUCUACAUAGAAUUUUAGGUAAAAAUAAAAUAACACAAAAUGUUUGCUUGAGAACAGGUGAAACAUCGAUGGAUUGAACAGCAAACCGACUCGACCCGUACGACAACGCCUUAAGUAAACAGAAUGUGAGAGCCCACUCGUCCAUAGCUCAACGUUGAUUGGCUGGAUACAGAUCACACCACAUGUACAAGAUCCCCUCAACCGUUAGUAUAAAAAGAUGUGCACACCGGAAAUAGUCAGUGAACGUAGACUUAGUAAAACUCAAUUGAUGAAAAUCUACUGAAGCUCAGACAAACUAAGACGAACGAAGAAACAAACAGAUCACGAACAGAGAAAGCCAGUUACAAGGUUGAAGUGAACUUUAGGAAAAUACUACCAGAAGAAGAACCUGAACACGAAGGAACGUACAAAGAUUGAUUGUAAACGAUUCCCUGCCUUGCGUAGAAAACGAAAUAAAAUCAUAUAUUCAUAACACAUUUACCAAAACGGUGAAAAUGGUGGAAAUUUAUUAUUUCUUUGGCUUUCAGUAAAUAAUUAUCAACCAGGAAUUCGUGGUUAAUAGUCCAUCUAACAUAAUCUGGUUAAUCCAACCAUAUAUAGCCUUGUUAAAUUAGCCCGAUUAUUAGUGUUCAAGUUUUCCAGGAUUGUGGUUAAAUAUAGGAUAGAAUUUAUGUCUUUGAAACAAAGAAGUUCAUUUCAUUUCAAUGCGUAACAACACAAAACAACUGCCAUUCGGCAAAAAAUGGCCAAUUAUCGGCAAUUAUUUUUGCUUUGUCAAAGCUGAUAAAAUAAGACUAUAUUCGUGAGCGUGAUAAACUUCGUGAACAAAAUCAAGUUUUACGCCGACUAAAUCACAUCGCUGAGCAGGUGACGCUGUAAGAAUUCUGCGGUUACAGUCUAAAAUCCUGUCGAAGACUCGAGGCAGCUUGAAUGGAGUAAAAUGGAAAGUGAUACCAAACUGGCAGUUACGACGCAAAACUUGCCGAAAAGUGAAACUGUAUUUUUAAUGACUAAUCUGUUAAUACUGAAAGUGAAUAUCCUAUACAUGUGUUAAUUAAUGCUUAGAAUUUUGAAAUACGAGACCUUGACACAACUGACUGGGAUCAAGCUUUCAACAUGGACGAACAAACGAAGGAACCCGCCUCUGGAACUGACGAAGAAAGACCAUUUCUUGACUUUGAAUAUUUAUAUGCCUCGUGGGUUGGUCGUUUUAAGAUCGCCGAGUUCUUCACUUCAUUGCUAGCUGGUGCUCUGGUACCGGCUGCUUACAAACAUAGUGGUGGUUUUGCAUUCAUGAGUGUUGUCGCUUGGACAACUUUCGUCAAUGUCGUUAUAGAUAUUAUUCUUCAUCUAGUGCGAGUCUGGGAAAAACUCGUGUUUGUUCAUACUUAUCCUCAAGUUCUCGUGUGUCUUUGUUUUCUUGGAUCCAUGUCGUUGUGUGUCGCAGGUUUAUUCGAAGUUGGGAUAUCGCAGUAUGCAGUGGAUCCCGGCCUAGGUUACGCGUCUGCAAUUUUUGCGUUCAUGUGUUGUGUGGUGUUAGGGAUCGAGUGUUUUGUUCACUACAAAAGUUAUCGUGAGAAACAGCAACAGAGGGCUACAGAAAUGACCACGAAAAAUCCUAACUUUUAUUAAACAUUCAUUGUGAGAGACUGAGAGUGAGUCUCCACAAAGAUUAAAGCGCAGGGAACUGAUUAAAUAAAAUGAACUGUUCAUAAGCCAAGAUAACCCGUUACAAUGUUUGCAUAAAAUAUCUCAUAUUUACGCUACUCUACAAUUGUACAAAAGUUUGUUAGUGGUAAAUGAUACCUAUACGGCCAUACUAAACAAACCAUAAUACUGUAAACAGUUUAUUUUAAUUUUCACUAACCCUAAGCCAAAUUUGUUCGCAUGCUUAGUGAAAUAUGAUACGGUGUGUACGUGACCAGUAGAGUCUGAAGUUUUCCGCUUCAAUCAUAUGGAACCGAAACGUAGGAACUAAUAGCCUGCGGGCAGCCCCCGCAGGCUAAGGAAGUAAUGACUUCGACACAAAAAAAUGCUUUCAUCGUCCAAACGUUUUGUUUUGCUGUCUAAAUUUCUAGUUGAGGAUAGAUUUUUAAAUAAUAAAUUCUCUGAAGGCAUAAAAACAAUUGUAAGUGCUGCAUCAGUCAAUGACAAUACAUUUACAAAAACGAUGGAAAUCGGGAAAAAUUAUUAUUUCUAUGGCUUUUAAAUAAUGGACAACUUGCAUGUUAGACUAAAUUUUAAUCAAAGUAAAGAGAAGGGAAUAAAACACAACAGUUAAAAAGAACAUAAUGAAAUUAGUAAAAUUGCAAAAUUUGGUUGCGAAAUGUUGUAAAAUGCAGAAAAUAUAGCCUUGCGAAGUUUAAUUAGCACGAUAGUGAUCAGGUUUACCAGGAUUGUGGUUAAAUAUAGGAUAGAAUUUAUGUCUUUCAAACAAAGAAGUGCGUUGUAUUUCGUUUCGAUGCGGUUGGAGUGGAAAUCUAGCGUCCUGCACAGGCGCAGGAGGCUGGUGGAAGUCAGGUUAUAAAUAAUUAUAUUGUAUGUAUGUGUUGCUGUAAAUAGUGCAUAUAGCUAAAUCCUGGAUUAAUGGAUUAAUGUAAUUUAGAGUUGCAGGCAAGAUUCCACUGAAAAGCACUUCGGUGAUGUGGUAAUCCUGGAUAAAUAUGAAGAUAAUAAUAAUAAAUUAACCAGGAACGUUAAGUUACCCGAAACAUGGUUAAUUUUAGAUGACCAGGAAAUUUUUAACCAUGGUGUUUUAGAGUGUACCCAUAGCUAGUGUGUUAAAACGGUUUUUGAUUCGCAAACGCCGACCGGAUGUAGAUCGAGCCGUUGUACUGCUAACCUGCGAUCAGUGAUCAUACCCUCGAAAUUGGAAACGAGGGCCUGAUACAAAAGCUUUGUUGAACCGUAUAUGCCAACAAGUUUCAUACCAAAUUUUGGUAUGAACCUCUCGGAUUGGUCAAUAACUCAAUAUAAAUACUCGAAUAAACUUCUGGUUACUUCCCUGCAGACCGAAAUUUUGCCACCAGGGGCGUUCAUUUCUCUCAAGAACGCCUGAUCGCAGGUUAUUUGUCCUGGCAGAUGGCGAGAGCGCAAAGUGCAUAUGAUGCAUGAAACUCUCAAACUCAUUGUAUUGAAUGUAUUGACAAUUUGACAUAUACGUUCAUGUUGAGUUUUUUGUCAGAAACGUCGCUUGCUAGUCGUUGCUUAGGUCGUUAAACGUCUCUAAACUAAGAUCAAGCCUGUGAUCACUGUACUAUAAAGAUCAAGCCUGUGCUCACUGUGUUAAGAUCAAGCCUGUGCUCACUGUGUUAAGAUCAAGCCUUCAAGAUGGGCCAAGAAAUGAAGGAAACCGCCUCUGGAACUGACGAACAAAGGCCAUUUCUUGACUUCGAAUAUUUAUAUGCUUCAUGGAGUGGUCGUUUUAAGAUCGCCGAGUUCUUCACUUCAUUGCUAGCUGGUGCUCUGGUACCGGGAGCUUACAAAUAUAGUGGUGGUUUUUAUUUCAUGAGUUGGGUCGCGUGGUCAACUUUCAUCAACGUCGUUUUGGAUAUUAUUCUUCAUCUAGUGCGAGUCUGGGAUAAACUCACGUUUGUUCAUACUUAUCCUCAAGUUCUCGUGUGUCUUUGUUUUCUUGGAUCCAUGUUGUUGUUUGUCGCAGGUUUAGUCGAAGUUUGUAUAUCGCAGUAUGCAGAGGAUCCCGGCCUAGGUUACGCGUCUGCAAUUUUUGCCUUCAUGUGUUGUGUGGUGUUAGCGAUCGAGUGUUUUGUUCACUACAAAAGUUAUCGUGAGAAACAGCAACAGAGAGCUACAGAAAUGACCAGGACUGCUGAAGGACCAGCCGCUAUUCACGAUCCUGAGAGAGUGAGAGUGAAUAUCCAUCUUCAUCUGUGAGAGUGAGUCUCCACAAAGACGAAAGAGAAGUGAAUUGAUUAAAUAAAAUGAACUGUGACAAUGUUUGCAUAAAAUAACUCAUAUUACGCUACUUUUUACGCUACAGAAAGGCCCGCAGCUUUUUAUUAGACAUUUCUCAGUGACAGCGAUUAAAUGAACCUCUGAUCAUAGCGAUAAUUAACCAUUUGUGGAUUCUGUGAGACUGUGAUAAUCUUUGUUGUACAAAAUAAUAAAUGUAAUAAAAAUUUCACGGAUUAAUAAGUAUUGUCUAUCUGAAUCUGUCAUGUAUUUUGAAGAGCUGUAUAAUUUAGUUCUGUCCAAAUCAACUGUUCUCCAUAGGGCUCCUGCAGGAGCCUGGGAGAGUUCUCUUUAUCCAUUCCAAAUUGUUCUUCGACUUCGUAUAGAUCCAGUAGAAAGCUUUGGAUUGAUAGGGACACAACUGCCUGAAAAAUACAAGGAGAACUUGGACAUUUCGAGCGAAGGCGCUUCGUGAAAGGCCAUACUACAUUCCCAAUGAAGAGGCUUCGCUCGAAACGUCGAAGUUCUCCUUGUAUUUUUCAGGUCGUUGUGUCCAGUGAACUCUAUGUAAACUGGAAGGCUAACUCAGAUAUCUAUAUACACUAGAUAGUGCAUCUAAUUAUUCUGCAAUUCAAAAAUUGAAGCCAUGAAAAGACUCGUAUGUUUUCUAUUUUUUAAACAGGGAACUUAAACAUUAAGGUUAAACUUAUUCCAAAAACAUUUUCAAACUAUUCAAAUGAUAAAAGUUAUUGUUGUUUUUAGGUGGACUUGAAUGACUUAGAUUCUUGCACUUCACUUGGUGGAAUUAAUACCAAAUAGCGUUUUUCAAUAGCUCCAAUUUCAUAUACAGCACAACGCUCAGUGAUGAGUAUUUCUGCUCAUAACUCAGAAAACUAAAAUGCACUGGCUUCAAUCCCCCCCCCCCCUGAGUUAGCCUUCCAGUUUACAUGGAGUUCACUGGUUGUGUCCCUAUUUGUCCCUAUCAAUCCGCAGCUUCCGGUAGAAACGCUGCAAUGUUUGGUUGAGUCAAACUAUCUCACAUCCGACUGAGGUGAUAUUAUAAUCAACGUUAUCAAACAGAUGCAUAUUGUAUACUGUAUUGAAUACCGGAAUCCCGAUCAUCAGUUAAGAGAAGCUACAAAAACCAGCGCUUCGUAUUAUUUGGAAUAGGCAAACCUCCAUUCCUUAGUACACAACACUCAACAGAAGAGAAACUCUUACGAAAGAUCUUUUUAACAAAAUCGUACAAGAUUCAUCUCAUAAGCUGUAUGUACUGUAUCCGGAAGAAAUCAAACUAUCGGAUGUCAGUGCCAGUGCCAAAAAAGCUUUUUGACAGCAAAUGCUAAUAACAAACAUUUUAGUGAUUUCUCAUUUUAGUAAUUUAGUGUAUAUAGUAUAAUUCUUAUUCUAUAAGUUGAAAUUUUCAUGGAGUUCGAAUAUAAUUCAGCUGACUUGUACGAGGCUUCACAUUUUUAAGCCCAAGUGAAGGCCGGCACUGUGCUGACCACUUUGGUAUUAACCCUCUACAUACACACACACAAAGAACAUUUUCACCUUAACAUUUCACGAUAGAUAUCUUAGUUGGGAUGUUAAAAAGGGAGAGAGAACGAGUGCAGGGGAAACAAUCGAGCAGUGAAAGCAUCUCUGAUCGUAGAGGUAGAGGUAGAGAAAGUUUAAACAGAAGAAAUGUUUCUAGACAGAAUUCCUCGAGUCGUGAAGUGACGUCCGAGCAACCAGUACAGACACUUGAGGUGAGAGACGUUGUCCAACUAAAAGACUUGUUUAACUAACUAAACUAUAUUUAUAUUGGGGAUGGGGAGCUAAGCUGAAUUACGAAGGACGCAGCUCAACCUGAUCAGGUCGAAGGCUUUCUAAGGGCGCCUCUGGCGGCCACCUUAUGACUCAUGUCUGAUCACGGAACACAACUACGGCACAGAAUACUAUACAGAAGUCCAUCUCCAUUGUUUUUUGCGUAAGCGCUAUUCGUUAUGAUUCGUCACUCGGCAAGUACCGUAAACAGAAGCAGUCCCCCCCUGGAAAUAUUCAAAAUGGCGCACGUCCAGGGGGUGACUAUUUCUGUUUACGGUACUUGCUGAGUGGCGAAUCAUGAGGAAUAGCGCUUACGCAAAAAACAAUGGAGAUGGACUUCUGUAUACUAUUCUGUGGCUACGGUAGCAUUGUGGAAAGGACUAACUCUUUUCUUGAGCCUGCAGUUAGACCCAUCAUCUCACUAUAGCUGCCGCGUGCCAUCAGCAUACAUGUUGUACUCAACUAGGAAAUCCAUAAUCCAUUUAACUUGUUUUCAUGUCAGGAACGACAACAACCUGUGGCAACGAGAGAAGAGGCAAAUGGGCAUUCUCAUUCAAAUAAAACGUCGCAGUCACAACAAAUGAAAGGUGAGAUGGUGCAGUGACAUGCACGAGUUGUUUUUGUGAAAACCCAUGAUAUUUCCCACAGGGUUUGUUCGAUAAACCUCCAUCUUUCAUUCCAUCUAGAUGACAUGUCGCAAGGAAGACGUGAAGCAUUUGAAGUGUUCCGCGCUGACUACCCUCAUAAUUUGAACAUCGAAGAAAACAAACGGACAUUAAAACAACGGUAAGAUUCGUCCUUCUUAAACUUUUACUUUAACAUUGCUUCAAUUAUACAGGGCUAUCGUUGAAGAUACAUGCAGAUAUUCUAACUUCCCAACUGUCGAGAAUUCGCCUCCAAAAUGUAGUCCUCGACAAGUCACAAAUGUUCGAAGUAACAAAAAUGUAUAUUCAAACAAAACAUAAAAUUUACCAAAGAUAUAUAACAAAAUUAAAAGGUUCACAAUGGUCACGAUUACGUAUAGAUAGCGCACGGGCUAUUAUCCUUCUUUCACAAUACAAUUUCUCUCUCACUCACUGUCACAGUCCAACUACGAUUGUUCCAACUCUCUUUCGUGACUAUUUCAUUCACACCCUCACUUUGACACCUAAUCAUUCCUACGUCAUGCACUAAUAAUCAAUUAAAAUAAUAAUCUUAUCUGUCAGUUCCCGACACAACGAAGCACCUUCGCUCGAAACGUCAAAGUUCUCCUUGUAUUUUCAGGUAGUUGCAUUCCUAGCAAUCCGAAGUUUUGUUAUCAUUGCUACUACCUACACUGUCACAGUCAGACCAUUCAAGAAAUUCUCAAUAUUUUCAUGACGUUUGUUAUAGAUACGGCGAAGCGAAGACUCUCGGAGAACAAGUUAACAACUCGAGGAAGAAGAUAAGUAAGUACAUAAUAUGUAUUUGGUUGCUUUUCAAGACUUGGGGACGUUUCAAUAAUUUUUUGUUCACAGAUACACUGAAGACCCAGAUUGAACAACACAGAAUACGUCGUUCUAUGCAAGGUAUUUUAUCUUUUUCACGCCUUGUAUGCAUUGCAAAAACCCUGCCGCUGCAAAUCUUUGGUGUCUUCUUGUUGCUUAUCCUGUAUUCUAAUUGACUCAAUUGAUGUAUUCUAAUUGACUCAAUUGAUGUAUUCUAAUUGACUCAAUUGAUGUAUUCUAAUUGACUCAAUUGAUGUAUUCUAAUUGACUCAAUGGAUGUAUUCUAAUUGAUGUAAUUGUAAAUCUUGUUGUUCUCAGUGGAAGACGACUAUGAUAAUGACGAGGAGGACAGAUUACGGAAUGCUACCGAAGAUGAAAAAUCCAGGUAUUACAAAGUCUAAACUGUUCUUCCUAGAGGUCCGUUAAGGACCGUCUCUUGUUGAUCUAGUGUUACUACAGGAGCAAAUCCCAAGUACCUGGAGAAAACCCGCGAUGUUUCGCAGAGUCAAACUCGGGUGCCGUCCCUGUCAAACGUACGUCCCUGUCUAUCAUGUACUAAGCACGUGUCACUGUGUAUGUCUAGAUAUAAGGAGACGUUCACUCGUCUUCGCUCUCUGAAAACGGAAAUUGAACAUUUACAACAUCUUCUUGAAAAGUCCAAAGUUCAAAUGCAGAAAGACUUUGAAGUUUGGUGGAACGAACAAUCUUCACUCACUCACAGAAGUCAGAAUAAAAACAUCUCAACAGCAUGGAAGACACCGACACCUCCGUUAUCACCAAUCAAGUCACAGGGCAACCGUCAUCGUUCAUCAAGUGAUCCUCGUUCUAGUCAGGAUUCUUCACGAUCAGACGAUCCCCGGUCUUCAAGACUACAAACCGAGGCUAGACUGACAUCUGGGCCUUUGUCAGGGGGGAUGGAUCAUUGGAAAAACCCCGUUGGGUUUGAGAAAUCUUCCAGAGAGGAUAAACGGCAUUCCUCUGCCGAGAGAAGAGACAUAAAGAACGCUUAUGAAGAUGCCAAGCGAUUCAGGUAAUCUUGUGGCGGCAAUCUUGUGGGAAACACUCGUAAAAACACACAAGUUGUAACAAACCUGCAGCAGACUUGUAGCAAUGAUGUUCCAAUAACCUGUCAACAGGAUGUGUUCGCACUGCUUGUUCCAGCUUGUUGACAAGUUAUCAACGGCUUGUUGACAACUUGCCAUAAGGUUGUUGGGCUAAACAGACUUGCUACAAAUUGUUCCAACAACUUGUUAUUUAUUGUCCUGCAAUUCAAAAUCAAAAUGAAUGACGUCACCUUUAUUCGGUCGACUGACGUCAUUAUGAAAUCCGUAUCAGGUAGAUUGUUGCACGGAUAAUCGGUAGUUUACGAUUGCUGCACAAUAGACCUUAUGCAUAAUGACGUCACAAGGCUUGAUGCCCGCGAGAGAUGCUGGUCUUAAUAGUCAUCGCACGGGAAAAUUUCGAUAGUGGCCAUUUUGAAUUUAAUUUUCCCGGGCCAUGACUACUAAGACCAGCAUUCCUCGCGGGCAUCAAGCCUUGUGACGUCAUUAUGUAUAAGGUCUAUUGGUCAAUCACUAACGAGUGUGUUUUGGUUCACGAAAUGCUAGAGAGGGCUCGAUGUCAUAUGAGGGUUUUUUUCAGGAUUUUCUCUUGGGUCCGUUUUUGCAGAGAAGGUCGAGUUUAGCUGAACAGCUGGGGUGGCUGCACCCCCUCCCCCUACCGGGGGGCUGACACCUGUACUCAAUAAAUGUAGUUGAGACGGAAUGUGUUGAAGCAGGGACACUAAGGGACACUAUAAACUGGUUAAAGAUGGCGAAUGCAUCGUUAACCAGUUUAUCUUGUAUUGUGAGAUGAAUUCCAGCCAUUUUUUUCUUAAUUGUCGGGCUUCCAACUGAAAACUAAUUUCCACACGUCACGAAAUUUAACUCAAACAACUUCAUUUUUACUGCACUGAAACUUUGGUGAGAAGAUUGAGUUUCAAAACUCAAUUCAAGAUUGAGUUUUUGGGGCCGUUUAACGGCCCUAAAAAAGCCCUGAAAAAAACCCCGCAUAUAGAUAUAGAUAAAGCAGAUAGUACACACGUAAAAAUCUUACAUUGACUUGUCAACAAGAUGUGUUCGCAACAGGCUUGUAGCAAGCUUGUCAACAAUGCUGUGACAAUGCUGUUAUUUUAUCAUGUUGCUACAAGGUUGUUACUUACAACUUUUUGACAAAUUGUUGCAACCAAAGUUUGUUAAAACCGUUCAUAAAUGGCACGUUUCACGCAUUAAUUUCGUCGCGGCAACAUGUUACGUUAACGCAACAUGUGUCAACGCGCAAUGUGUAUCAUUUUUAAAGUGCGUGUUUUCUCAACAAUCGGUUUUACACAAUAGAAAACAGAUAAUGGAAAACAGAUAAUUCUUCCGAUUGUCUACCAAUAAGGCAAAAAUCGUCCCGAACAGAUUAUCACUAAAACUUGUGUAUUUGUACCGUCGUAGUUCAUCCAAUGGCAAGAACUCAUUCAACUUAACUGGUGACAGUCGUGCAGAUGACGACAUUAUGGCGUUUAUUCGAGCAAGACAAUCCUUACUUGACCAAAAAGGUUCGUUCUUGUAAUGUCUUUGGGACCCACACCAAUCUCGUACCCAGAGCAAUGCCUGUGCGCGGGCUAGGAUGGCAUUGGCUCUUAGGGGUUCCGGUUCUUUGUCGGCAUGCACGAUUGAUAAACGUUAAACCAAUCACAGCACAGGAAAAAUUCAAUUUCUCCAGAGCCAAUGUCAUCCUACCCCGCGCACAGGCAUUGCCUGGGUACGAGAUUGGACCCGCACUGGUGGGGAUCGAACCCUUGACGUUUGUUUUGCUCACAUAAACAUAAAUUUAUUGGCACCUUUAUUAGAAUACAAAAAUUAAAUCAUUUACACACUGAAAUUCAACUAAAUAGUACAGGUUAUCUGAAAUAACAACAGUUAAUCUAGUUAGACAACUUCUGUUGUUCAUUUAAGACAUUUUGUGGUCUGGUCGCUAACAAACAAGACAGAACAGGACAGGACAGAACAAGACAGAACAGGACAGGACAGAACAGAACAAGACAGGACAGACAGAACAAUACAGGACAGAACAAGACAGGACAGGAUAGGACAGGACACAACAAGACAGAACAAAACAGAACAGAACAGAACAGAACAGAACACGAAAGCUUGUACGAAACAUACAAGAAGAAUUAAUCAAUGUUAUUAAAUCAAAUUGUUCGCAUCAAUUAAGAUUUCGUUCACUUGUUUUCUUAUGUGUAGGUUCGAACCAUAAGUAA